UCACCGACGAUUGGCAAAACCAAGCUCUUUUCUUUACUCAAUCUCCUUAAGCGUCUACUGCCACCAAUUCAACAAGCGACCACAGAUGGCACCUUGGUACAAGCUUUCAUUCCGCUUGUCUUCAGGUGUGCUGGUGCGGCAGACAUUCGAAUCCGUUUGAUGGGAGCGAAAGCUCUUGUAGCCCUGUUACAACCUUCCUGUCUUCCCCGUUUAGCGCAUUGUCUCCUUCUUGACGCCUCACCUUAUGUGCUCAACGCUGCGAGUCAGGAACCGUGUCUUCCAACUAACCUGGUUCAUGGAAUGUUCCUUCAGGUUUUAGAAAUUAUGAAGUCGGAGUAUUGGCCAGUCUACGAUGCCACCUUACUUCAAAAUAUGCCCCAUUUGGAGUACUUAAAUACCAUAUCUACUCUUCUAUCCAAAAUGGCUUCUGAGUGCUUCAAUUCUUCCUCGAAUAUUUGUCCCAUUAUACGUCAGACAUGUCUUGCCUGCAUCGUGGCCUUCGGUUCAUCUAAUAACAAAACGAAUGCUAAAUGGGCUUUAAGUAAUGUACUCGAGGUUCCGAGUUCACUUGAUGUUGCAUCUAUGGAACUCCUUAUUCAACUUCAAGAUGCGUUCAAUAGCAAGCAUACUUCCCUUGAAUUUCUAGUAAAAGAUGUGUUGAAUGGAAAUAAUCCGGAGUUGAAGCGUUUAAUUCUGGGCCUUCUUGUAAAGCACCUCAAUGGAAAAGGCAUAGAUUUCUCCAAAUAUGGACGAUUGCUUUGUUAUGAAGAUGUUGUCAACCUCCUUGGGGAAGUUUCUUCCCCUCCUUAUCGUUUUAAUGGGAAUGGAAGGUGUCUUGGCAUUUCUUCCUGUGUCCCUCAAUUAAUUAAAGAAAUUGGGACAUCAUUGAAACGUCCAUACCAACCAUAUUCUCUGAUAGGGUAUCAUGCUUCACAAUUGCUCGUCUCUAUGGUGGAUGCAGUUUCUUGGGAUUACCAGCUGCCUAAAUUGGAAGAAAAUGAAGCACUACCGAUGCACUUGGGGCCUCUUUUAACUGUCAAGGCACUAACCUCAUCGGAUAAGGAAGGGAUUCUUGGACUCCUGGCUGGCUAUGCGGAUCCAAAGAAUCUUGAUGUUCAUUGGAGUAUUCGAACUGAAGCCAUUUUAGCGGUUGAUAGACUUCUAUCACAAGACAGAGGCAGUGUAAUUUCCAAUCUUCCCAUUAACGUAGCUAUUUUAAGAAGUCUCAUCAUGGAGACAGACGAUGAAGUGGUACUUAUUGCUGCAAAGACAGCUUCGAAGAUUCUACAUGAACCAGACAAGUAUCCGCAAGAGUCCCUUCCACCGGUUAUUUUACCACCGUUUCUAUCGAACUUCGUCGCCACUUUCGGUGAGGUUGCUAUACCAGUUGUGUUGAAGCUUAUACAAGAGGAUUUGCUUGCGGAUGAGAGUGGUGGAUCGGAGGUCUCGACUCGAGUAUUUUUAUCCGAAGAGUCAUCUUCUCCAACAAGUGCUGUAGAACUGACGGCCAUGUUCUGUCCAGUUGUCAAGACUUGGAUUCAGAAUGCCUCAUCUAAGGAGAGAAAUAGUCGCGUUGUUGAGGAAAUUCGUCAUCGGGGUUUGACUGAAUUUUUAGGCGGAUCGGCUUCAGAAAUGAACUACUCCCGUUCGGGCGAAGUCAAGGCUCUACGCAGAACAGUGGCCCAUCUACCGGGAAUUCGUGAUUUAAUUUUCACUUUGGCUAACGGAGGAAGAGAAUACAUUGUCUCAAUGAGAGCUAAGAUGCAACCAGAAAUUUUGUAA